AUGAAGUUCUUCGGGCCCAGGCUACGAAAGGAUGACGAUGCACAGGAUGUAUCGUUAGCCACAAAUAGGAGGCAACAUCAGCAGCAUUUAAAAGCCCUGGAAAGUGUCCAAAAUUGCAGAGAGAAUGUUGUCGAAGAACCCCAAUCCAUCCCAGAGCCUCACCUUCCGAAGCUGACUCCUCUUGAAAGCAUUACCUGA